AUGCACAGAGUAUAUCCCCAGCAAGGACGACAACGUGGCUACCAAAGCCCUUUACUCGCCUCACUUAACCUCUUCACAUGGAACGAUCUCGACAAAGGAGGGGACGAAAUGGAUGCACUUAAAUUACUGUCUCGGUCUACCCGGGUAAAAGCGAACAUCACGGAUGCCGCGCCACAGAAGAUCCCAUCAGCAUCAGGACAGGCAUCCAACCACGAAGGUCUUAAUGACACCAACAGCCGGAAGCGCAAGCGGGGUUCUGACGUUGCAGAUAAUGGAAACUCCUCCGCUGGCGCAUCCACACCACUAUCCGAGCAGGAUAUCAGACAUAUCCAUAAGAAACACAACAUCAAGGUCGUGGACUUGAAUCAAUUUCGAACUAUACGCAAGUCUGUCGAGUCACGAAAGGCACAGAAAGAGCAAUCUCGAAUCUUCCCCAGGCCUCUGACUUCGUUCGACCAACUUCGCGCCGAUUACAGCGCAAAUCCAGCCCUUGCAAGAAACAUUGCGGAGCAAGCAUAUCUCAAGCCCACCGAGGUUCAGAUUGCUACCUUGCCGCUCCUGCUGAACCAGGAGACCGAGCCGAAUCUGCUGACGGUUGCACCUACGGGAAGCGGGAAGACUCUGGCUUUCCUCGUUCCGCUGAUUGACAAAAUAUCCAGAGUGCACAACACAAGCGGAUAUAAGGCGGACAAAUAUGUCCGCGCUACCAUUCUGGCUCCCACAAAGGAAUUGGUCUCCCAAAUUGUCAAUGAAGGUCGGAAGCUUGCGGCAAAGACAGGUGUCACCAUCACGGCGAUGAAGAAGGGAAUGAGACUUUUCGAAGACGCUGGUGAGUCUGCCGAAGGAGACUCGGAUUCUGAUGAAGGGGAAACUGGAGGUCAAGAACACGAGGGAUCUUCCGCGGAUCCAACAAUUGUCAAGAGCGACAUCUUGGUCUCGACACCUCUCAGUCUCGUCCAUCUUCUUGCUCCCUCCGGGGAAGACGGCGAGGGAGUGACACCGCACUCUCUACCAAACGUCGAGAAUCUGAUCUUUGACGAAGCAGACGUCCUCCUCGACCCGCUCUUCCGGUCCCAGACCCUUGCUAUUUGGUCGGCGUGCGUUUCACCUGCGCUAAGGAUAAGCAUGUGGUCAGCAACAAUUGGUUCGAAUAUUGAGGAGCUGGCCGUACAAUCCAUCUCUGAACGUCAGAAGAAGCUCAAGAUCCCACGAAAUGAGCGCCCACCACUCCUCCGGGCUAUUGUUGGGCUGAAAGACACGAGCUUACCAACGAUAUCGCACCGAUUAGUCUAUACUGCAACCGAAUCCGGCAAAUUACUGGGAAUGCGACAAUUACUUCAUCCGUCACGGCCAAUGUCAGCAUUAAAAGGCGAGUCUGAGAAGACGGCGCCAUUGCGUCCCCCGUUCUUGGUCUUUGCGCAAACCAUCGACCGGGCGCAGGCCUUGUUCAGCGAGCUUCAAUACGAUAUUUCAGCUGAGGCAGGCGGGUCGUCGCGCGUGGCUGUGCUCCAUUCGUCUCUGUCUCAGCAAGCGAGAUCGUCAAUCAUGAAAAGCUUCCGGCAGGGGAAGAUAUGGAUUCUGAUCACCACUGACCUCCUUUCGCGUGGUGUCGAUUUCAGGGGAGUGAACGUGGUGGUCAAUUACGACAUACCAACCACGGUGGCGGGAUAUGUCCACCGUGCGGGACGCACAGGGCGAGCGGGAAGAGAAGGCGGUGUAUGUGUCAGCUUUUACACCAAGGAGGACAUUCAGUACGUCAAGGGCAUCGCGAACGUCAUCGCCGCCAGCGAGAAGACGCAACGGAAGCCAGAGGGCUCCAGCACGCAGAGCCCCGAUCAUGCAGGCUCAUCUUGGACGGGGAAGUCGGGGAUCCAACCGUGGCUGCUGCACGCGCUUCCGACUGUGUCCAAGUCAGCAAGGAAGGACCUCAAGCAGCAUGGCGUCGAGUCUCGGCGAGCUAUCCAUGCAGAUGAUGACGAGAAGACGAAACGGAUGAAGCGGAAGGCGAGGAUCGGGACGCAAAGUGGAUACGAGAGGAGAGAAGUUGAUCGGAAACGCGGUGCUGCGCAUGGCAGUCUACGACUGAAAAGGAAGGUGGAACAGGAGAAAGGGAGUGACGAUUGGGAAGGGUUUGGUUAA